GCCUAACAAGCGGAUUCUAUUCUGAGAAGAAACCACCGCAGAUAAGGUUCCGUCUUCUCUCGUUUUUCCUCUCUUUCCCGGAAAAACAGCGAGGUUGAAGAGAACCCAGUGACAGCAAGGCACCAGCGAACAAAACCCAGUAAAAAUUUUACCGGAUUUGACGUGAAUUCGAGGUCUUUUUGAUGUUUUGAUUAUUUUCUCCCCCUGGAGGUUGCAUGAAUCGGAAGGAAUCCAGAAGGAAGAACUACGGGUCCUUCAAGUUCGAUUACUUGAAGAAGGAAGAGGAGAGUAAGGUUUUGGGAUGGCUGCUUCCAUGGCUAUUCUCAGACAAUCGCCGUCUUUCGAUUUUCUGUUCGAUUUUCCGGCCCAGAAGAAACCUUCUCUAUCGCCGGUGGUUUCUGCUCGAUUUCGCCACCGCUUCCCUUCUUGCAGAUGGUUGAGUCUCAGUUCAGCUUCGAAUCCUCGCAGGUUAAAUAGCUUUAGUUCAAGGUGUUCAAUAAUAAAUACAGAUGUAUGUCAUGAACAUGUCACUACUGAUGAUGACAAGGUCCAUGGGGAUUUGCCAACUCCAGCGGAGGAUCAUCUGGUUCCAACAGUACAUCUCGAUACCGAUAUCUCGAUAGCUGAAUCAUUUUGCCUGCUCUCUGACUGCACUUAUGUAGACACCCUUUUGACGGCAUUGCCCGUCUUGUCUGAGGAGGAGCAGAAUGUACUCGCAGCCACUCCAGCUCAUCCCGAAGGUCUAUAUGUUUUAUAUGCUAGCUGUUUGGUUGGUAAUUUGGUUGAACAACUUUGGAAUUUCGCCUGGCCGUCAGCCAUUGCACUGCUUCAUCCAAGCCUACUACCUGUAGCAGCCAUUGGGUUCUUUACCAAAGUGGCUAUAAUAUUUGGAGGUCCUGUGGUUGGAAAAUUUAUGGAUCACAGUCCCAGGGUUCCCACUUAUAUUUCGUUGAAUGUUGUCCAGGCAACAGCACAAGUUCUAUCUGCAGGAAUGAUAAUUCACGCGUACACAACACCUUCAGCAUCUGCAUCAUCAUUACUUCUCCGGCCUUGGUUUUCUGUAUUGGUACUUGCAGGAGCAGUUGAUAGAUUAUGUGGAAUAGCAUCGGGAGUUGCUAUAGAGCGUGACUGGGUUGUGCUGUUGGCUGGCAUAAAUAGACCAAUUGCUCUUGCACAAGCUAAUGCUGUUCUCAACCGGAUUGAUCUGCUCUGCGAGAUUGCUGGAACCAUGUUAUUUGGCAUUCUAUUGUCCAAAUAUGAUCCUGUGACCUGCUUAAAGUUUGCUGCUUUUCUGAUGAUCGGGUCCUUGCCUAUCAUGACAUGUCUCAUAUGGCUAACCAACAAACUGUCUUCUGGAGUUCUUGACCGUCCUAAAUGCUCAAAGAGCUGCUGCGAUGAAGGAACUCUUUCUGAUGUCCUCAGCAUUUUUAAUAAUGGAAUGGAAGCUAUCAAGUUGGGAUGGAAGGAAUAUAUCCAGCAACCAGUUCUACCUGCAAGCCUUGCAUAUGUUCUUCUCUACUUCAACAUUGUGCUCACUCCAGGCAGUUUGAUGACUGCUUUCUUAACUCAACGUGGUGUGAAUCCAUCGGUUAUCGGGGGUUUCAGUGGAUUGUGUGCUUUCAUGGGAGUGGCUGCAACCUUCUUAUCAGCAAACUUGGUCAAGCGAUUUGGCAUUCUAAAGGCAGGAGCUGUAGGACUGUUUUUCCAAGCUUCACUGCUCGUUGUGGCAGUGGCAGUGUAUUGGAGCUCUUCUCUAUCUAACAGAAGCCCUCUUCUCUUCUUCUUGAGUAUGAUUGUAUUAUCAAGGUUAGGUCAUAUGUCAUACGAUGUGGUGGGAGCCCAGAUCCUUCAGACAGGCAUACCAUCGUCGAAAGCCAACCUCAUCGGUGCAACAGAGAUUUCGGUCGCCAGUUUAGCGGAAUCGGUAAUGUUAGGCGUCGCCAUAGUAGCAAACGACGCCUCGCAUUUCGGGUUCCUGGCAGUUUUAUCGCUAAUGUCAGUGGUAGGAGCCACGAUGAUCUUCUGCAGACUGCUGAGGAAUCCCACUGAUGAACAAAGACAGCUCUUCUCUUUCGAUCCUCUGUCGUGUUCGUAAACUGAGCUGAGAAGGGAGAAUCUCUGUCCAUGUUAUUACAUUGCAUUGGGUCAAUCAGACGAGUGAACAAAAAAACAUGUGACGCUCGAGUUUUCUCUUUUUGGGUGGGUGGUCGUCUCCAUUACAGUACAGCUCGUUGCAGCAUUCAUUCAUGAAAUUAUGUAUAGUAGUUUCCAUGUCUAUAGAUAUGUCUGGUUCGUUUAGCUUUUUUAAGGUUCGUCUUUUUCUUUCCACACAUCCUUUUGUGUUGUUCUGUUUCAGCAGUUAUGGGUCUCUAGGGUUAUAAAAAGUUUCGGCCUUUCUCUGA